AUGGCCGGUUACCAGCGACCCAUGAGCUUUUCCGAGAGGAGAGGAAGCGCCCUCAGCGACGAGUUGAUACUCAACACCAAUAACGCCAUGUUGAACCACCGCAUGGAAAAACUGCCUCAGCAGCAGCGACAUCUCCGAGGGCCACCGACUCCUAGCAUGUCGACACCCGCCGCCGACUUCGACCAGCAGCUGACCGGCUCGCCGCCGCCACCUCCGACGCCUGCCGCAUCCCCGGGCCCUUCACAUUUCCAGCCCGACUGGAGCGACGCCGCCGACGAUGAGGAUUUCUUCCUCGCCAAGGUCCGACAACACUUUAAGAAUUGCUCUGGGCCACAGCGGACACGGGUUCUUGCCGAUCUUCUCAACCUCUGCACCAGCCAGCAGUUGAGUUUCGUUCACCAGUUCGUUAGUCCGUUGCUCAAGAAGGACCCCUUCACGAGCCUUCCUGAUGAACUAUGUCUUCGCAUUCUGUCCUUCAUCGACGACCCCAAAGUUUUAGCACGAGCUUCACAAGUAUCCAAGCGAUGGCGGGAUCUUCUCAGCGACGACAUGACGUGGAAGAAUCUUUGCGUCAAGCACGACUACGGCCGACGACUGUCUGAGGUUUACGCGAACUCACAACAACUGGCUGCACGAUCUGCUGCGCACCCCUUCAACAACGGCGACACGGAGAUGGUUAGCAGCAACAGCUUUCCCGGCGCCCGACCCACCGCAGCCCAUUCGGGCUCCCGGAAUUUUGAUGGUUCGCUGGCUUCUGGUAGACCCAAGCUACGAUCUUACAAAUCGCACUUCAAGCAGAGAUAUCUGGUCGAGGCAGCAUGGAGGUCAGGUGGUACUAGCACGACAAGAAACAUCACUCAGGAAGGUGGUGUGGUCACGAGCUUACACUUGACGUCCAAGUACAUCAUUGUGGCUCUUGAUAACGCUAAGAUCCACGUUUUUGAUGCCGAGGGUGACUCUCAACGGACCCUGCAGGGCCAUGUCAUGGGUGUCUGGGCUAUGGUCCCAUGGGACGACACAUUGGUCAGUGGUGGUUGUGAUCGCGAUGUACGAGUCUGGAAUUUGAAGACAGGUGCUUGUCUGCAUACCCUGCGUGGCCACACGUCAACCGUCAGGUGCUUGAAAAUGGCAGAUGCCAACACCGCCAUUUCAGGCUCCCGAGACACCACGCUUCGAGUUUGGGAUAUCCGGACAGGCCUCUGCAAAAACGUUCUGGUUGGCCACCAGUCCAGUGUCCGCUGCCUCGAGAUCAAAGGGGACAUUGUAGUUUCUGGUAGCUACGACACGUUCGCUAGGGUGUGGAGCAUCUCUGAGGGACGAUGUCUGCAGACUCUGCAGGGCCACUUCAGCCAGAUCUAUGCCAUUGCUUUCGAUGGCAAGAGGGUGGUCACUGGUAGCUUGGACACCAACGUCAGGAUAUGGGACCCCACUUCUGGCGAAUGCCUUGCUAUCCUCCAGGGUCACACCUCUCUGGUUGGUCAAUUACAGAUGCGUGGCGAUACCCUAGUUACCGGUGGAUCCGACGGUUCUGUACGAGUCUGGUCGCUGGAGAAGAUGUGCCCCAUCCAUCGUCUCGCCGCUCAUGACAAUAGCGUCACGAGUCUGCAGUUUGACGAUACUCGGGUCGUGAGUGGCGGUAGCGAUGGUCGAGUCAAGAUCUGGGAUCUCAAGACCGGCCACCUCGUUCGAGAACUGAUCGCCCAAGGCGAGGCUGUAUGGAGAGUUGCUUUUGAGGACGAGAAGUGUGUGGCCCUUGCUUUGAGGCAAGGCCGCACGGUGAUGGAGGUUUGGUCCUUCUCGCCACCUGAGGAAAUGCUGUACGACCGCCCCCUCUCUCUUCAACAGCGAGUCCUUGAGGACGAUCCAACCCGACCCCUAAGCGCCAUGGCCAUCGACUAUCGAAGCUCGCAACCUACUAUCGCUAGCUCAAGUCGAGACCAAUCAACCCAAGACGUCGAUAUGCAGGACGUGGGCCCCUCAACAGCUCCAUUGCAAGGGGGGACGUUCUUCCACGACGACUAA